UGUGUGUUGUUAUGCGUAUAUAGGAAUAUCGUGUAUAAGUGUUAGCUUGUGUUUAUUUCCAUGUUAGAUACAACCUAUUUCAAGUACGAAAAACUUCAGACAGUCCAUAUCGAGGUGUCUCGAUUUUACCUCUUAGGAGCAAGUAAUAUACACGUCAAUUUCUUUGCUGAAAUAUCGCCGUAGAUAUCAUCCACGAACUCAAAGGAUGGUCACCAAGGUGAUCCUGUUUCUUCUUUGCUUCGUGGGUCGGCUACACUGCGUCAAAAUCGUAACCUUCAACACUGGUCUUGCUGACAGCGUGGAUUUCUAUGCCAGACGGAGAGCUGCGAUUAUACCGGCUAUCCGAAAAAUUGAUUUUGACGUCAUGUGUCUCCAAGAGGUUUUCUAUGGAAAUGAUUUGAUCGAAAUCGAAGCUAGCCUUGGAUCACAUACUACUUCGUUGCAUAUGCCUUUAACACAGGAAAGAGGUAACAACGGCAACAAUGAGGCGCCUUGUGACGCUGCUGCCAGAAAGGGCUCGCUGACAUGCAUGUUCACACAAUGUGCAAAUUUGUCUCAAGAAAGAUUUAUCAAUUGUGCCUUUUCAACCUGCAGAUUGGAUUUAGAAAGUCAGUCCUGUAUAACAUGUUUGACAUUAGAUGCAAGGCGUAUGAAAACAAGGUGUAUAUUGGACCCAGGUCCGAUGAAUAUCCCUGGUAUAAUACUACUCAGCAACCGUAAGGUUUUCAGCGUCAAAUAUGAGUUCUUUGAGGAUCCAGAUCUCAAACUUUUAUUACCUAGGGGAUAUAUUUCUGCGGAGAUUGCUGGUGUUGGGACAGUCAUAUGUACUCACCAAACUGCCUUCCUGGGUCCUGUCUACCUUGAGUACACUUUACGAGAACUGAAUAUUUACUCAAGUUGGGCGGAGCAAAAUUUGGCAGAAUCGAAAAAAUUGACAGCAUUGCCAAAGAGUUUCGGACGAUCGGCGGUUAUUGUUGGCGAUAUCAACUCAAGUCCAAGGAUAUCUACAGAUAUCACACCAUUGCUCCAGGAUUCCUAUCAGCAUUAUAUUGACGAAGGAUUUACCUCACCUUACGUAGACAUAGAUGGUCGGUGUACAUUUUGUGCCGAUAAUCCAUUAGCGAAUUUGACCACAGGGAUAAAUUUCCUGUUAGACCACGUGCUCAUUAAGACAGGAAGUCACGUGAUCAACACUUGCACGCGCUCUUGGCGGACCAAUCUUGCAGCAGAGAGAUUCCUGGAGGAAAUUAUUCCGGGAACUCGACACCCAAAGUCGGACCACUUCGCUGUCCGUGUGGAUAUUGUACCUCUCAGACAGAGGAGAGGAAAACGAUAUAUCAAGGAAUCUACUAAGCUCCGCUAAUGAUCCGGACCUUGACAUUGUCGGUCGCAAUGUCCAUUCAAUUUUUAAUGAACAUUUCUCCCCAGUCGAACAUCUUCCUGAAGGGAAUAUUCGUAGAGUCAUAAUUUGUAUUGCUUUACUUUAAAACUGUUAAAAAGCACAUUGUCUGUA